AGAGUAACAACUAUUUCAUCCUCCUAUACACUUGUGUACUGGAAAUAACAUUAAACAGUCUUCAAUCCGUUGGACAUCAGCAACCCGGUCCAGUGCAGGAAUCCAGACCACAUAUUACAAAAUGCUGUAACGGGUUGAGUGAAGCCGGGGCCAGUGGACAGGGCCAGAGUAUCAUUGGUGUUCCCUGAUGUAACUGGGCACGGGGUGCUUGUGAAACUCUUCCCAUCACUUUGCGAGCAGAUUUCGAAGGACAUGCGGGAGAAGCAGCUGGGUGCGGGGGCUGUUACAUACUCUCUCAUACAGCAUCUCUAGCCUGUCUGCAGCAAGAUAACCAUGGAAGGAAAGCGAGGGUCUUCCUAUUCUCCUGUGGUGGCUCUGAUGUCCCUCUUCUUUUGGGGUAAUCUCUGUUCUACAGAUGUCAAUGUGUGUUUGUCAGAGCCGUGCCAGAACAAUGGGAUUUGUAUCGCCGGUCUGGAUAACUACACGUGCCAGUGUCCAGUGCAUCCCGUCAUCUACUUUGGAAAGAAUUGUGAACUACUGCUUGAUGCCUGCAGAUUCCAGUUGUGUCUUAAUAACGGCACCUGUCACACCUCACUGGGAAGCCUACAGUACAACUGUACCUGUUUACCUGGCUUUACAGGUACUGACUGCAGUAUAGAUGUAAAUGAAUGCGAGAGCAGCCCUUGCAAGGGGAUUCAUAUGGAUUGCGUAGAUCAGGUGAAUGGAUAUAGUUGCCUGUGUUCUCCAGGGUAUGAAGGGGAAACCUGUACGACAGAGAUUGAUGAGUGCCUUGUCAGCUCGUGCAGGAACAAUGGAACUUGCUUGGACGGGGUUGGGAGUUACGUUUGCGAUUGUCAACCUGGUUACACAGGGGCCAGCUGUGAAACCGACGUCGACGAGUGUGCGUCUAGUCCGUGUUUGAACGGGGCUCUGUGUAUUCAAGGGGUAAAUGAAUAUAGAUGCUUCUGUGUUCCCGGAUAUCAGGGAUCUAACUGUGAAAUUGACAUCAACGAGUGCGCGUCCAGGCCGUGCAGAAACGGGGCUACGUGCGUGCAUGACGUGGAUCGAUACUUGUGUGUCUGUCCGCUUGGCUAUAAAGGUCUGAACUGCGAGGUUGAGAUAAAAGAAUGUGAGUCUAAUCCCUGUCAGAAUGGUGCCGUGUGUAAAGACCAUGUUGCGUUCUACACCUGUGCCUGCCCUGCUGGCUAUGAAGGGGUUAACUGCGAGAUAGAUAUCGAUGAGUGUGCCAGCAAUCCGUGCGUCAAUGGCGGGAAGUGCGAGGACCUGAUCAAUCGUUACCGCUGUGACUGCGACGAGACAGGAUUUGAAGGCACAAACUGUGAGGUUGACAUCCUGGAAUGUUCCUCGGACCCCUGUGUCAACAAUGCAACCUGUCUGGAAGGCGUGAAGACCUAUGGCUGCCUCUGCUGGCCAGGUUACACUGGACAACACUGUGAAAUUGACAUCAAUGAAUGCGUAAUGCAUCCUUGUAUGAAUAACGGCUCUUGUUUGCAACGCUCCAAUCAAGUGUAUUACGGCAAUCUCCCGCAGUUCAGGUCUACUUUCAGUUAUACCAAUGCAUCUGGCUAUGUUUGCCUCUGUCAGCGUGGUUUCACAGGAGAAAAUUGUUCGGUUAACAUUGACGAAUGUGAGUCAGAUCCUUGUAUGAAUGGAGGCACGUGUGAAGAUCGAACCGAUGGAUUUGAAUGUCAUUGUGCACCCGGACUUACAGGUUUGACAUGUCAAACUAAUGUCAAUGAAUGUGAGAGCAGCCCCUGUGAAAGUGGAGGGACCUGUGAAGAUGGUGUGGCGGACUAUACCUGUCAUUGUCCUCCCAUGGGGGAAGAUGGAAUCGUCUGGGGAGGGAAAAGAUGUUCAGUCAAACUGACCGGCUGUCUGCAACACAACUGCCUCAGUGGAGCUACCUGCAUCCCUAACAUGGUGAACGACAUCCAUGGCUACACCUGCAGAUGUCCUGCUGGUUUUUAUGACGCCUCUUGUUCGACCUCCACCACUUUCUCCUUGUACAAUGGCUUUGUAGCUCUGCAUUCAGAAGAGGACAACAACCAACCCAGCAGACGUACUGAAGGUGAAUCAAUCAGCAUCAAUAUGAGAUUCAGGACGACUUUACCAAAUGCGUUGCUGAUUUACCGAGGCAAUCUACUCAAUGAAUAUCUUCGCGUUCAGAUCCAUGGUGGGAAGCUGAUGUCCAGAGCAGUCAUUAGUGGCCAGAUCAUGGAUAUCUCAUUCGGUAAUCUGGUCAGUGAUGGGGCAUGGCACCACCUCAGAGUUCUUCUUGGGGAGAACUUCCUGGUGAAGUUAUCGCAUCCGAGUUGUCCAAACCAGACCUGCUCUGACUCAAAGCUCAUUAAAUCAGCCACGCUGCCCUUGUUGGCUUCAUUCCAGACUACGUACAUCGGUAGUGACCAAACACCUGGGGAAAAUUUCACUGGCUGCAUGCAGGAUUUAGAAGUGGAUCACAGGCCCAUAUUGCCACAAACCUUCACAGAGGAUACUGCGUGGAAUUUUAAACUGGACUGUGAGAAGACGAACUGGUGUGACCAGAACCCGUGUAACAGUCAAGGGAUGUGUGUAGACUGGUGGACAAGCUACACAUGUGAUUGCUUCCGGCCGUAUGCUGGUCCCACUUGUGACCAAGAAUACGUCCCUGCCACGUUCGGCUACAACAACUCCAGCAGCUUGGCGUCUUUCAUUAUCGAGGAUAAUCCGGGAACAAAGUAUGUCGUUUCGUUCUUCAUUCGCACCCGGAGCCCAAAUGGCUUCAUCUUCCAGCUCAGGAAUGCCACAGCUCCUUACCUGUCGAGCUACCUGCUGAAUGGCAGCCUUCUCGUUGCAGUACGUGGCACGAAGCUGGGCACCUCCAGAUACCUGGCCGAUGGCGUGAGGAGACUAGUAGAGUUCCACAUGGACGGACACUGGUUGACUGUGAGGGAAUCAAAUGUUAUUGUAUUGGAGCGAAUGUUGCCUCAUGAGAGUGUUCAACAGCUCAAGCAUGUGCACCUGGGCCGGGAUCCCGAGGGAGACUCUGCUGUUUGGGGGGGAGCCUUCAAGGGCUGUCUGCAGGAUGUGAGGGUCAAUGAUAAUCUACUGGAAUUUUACCCUCUGGAAGACAAGAAUUACACCUUGUCGCUGGACGUUUCCACCAGUAAGACUACUAUGAAUGUGCUCAAGGACUGUAUCAGUGAUGAUACGUGCGAGCUUACGCCGUGCCAAAAUGGUGGUAACUGCACUGUGACCUGGAAUGAUUUUGAAUGUGAGUGUACGGAGGAGUACACAGGGCGGACCUGUGAGGAGAUCGUGUGGUGCGCGACACAUCCGUGUCCCUCAGAGUCUUGCUGUCUGGAUCUCCCCGGUGGAUACGAAUGUCUGGCCAACGCAACAUUUCAAGGUGAGAAUCCAGUCGUUUACACCAGCAACAAGUUGAUCACAAGAGAUCUCACCAGCAUUUUGGUGGACUUCAAGACCAGAGACGUGUCUGCCGAUCUUUUACAGGUCAGCCACGGAGCAGAAUCCUUCUGGAUUGGAUUCCACAAUUCCCAGCUACAGUUUAAUCUGUACAGUGGAAAUAGCGUAGAGGGUCUUACCCUCUCUAGCAGCAUCAAUAUCUCAGACGGACAGUGGCAUUCGGUGCUUGUGACCAUGGAGGAACCUUCAAAGGUGUCAUCAAGAUGGGUUCUUGCUGUGGACGGCAACGCCAAUAUUACCAGCACAGUCACUGCUGGAAACAUAAACUUCCUUCAAGAUAAUGUGAACUUAACAUUGGGCUACAAUUUCACUGGGUGUCUCGGAGAGGUCAGAAUCAGUGGAAUCUACCUUCCUUAUGUAAGCCAGGAGGUCCUCACCAAGGGCGGACAGUUUGUUAUAGUGAGCGGUUCCCCAGCUCUGAUUGGAUGCUUUGGCUCGAAGGUUUGUUCCCCAAAUCCAUGCCUGAAUAACGGCCAGUGUGAAGACCUCUUUGAUCUUUUCCAGUGCAACUGCGUUUCAGGCUGGGAAGGAAGCCGGUGUGAGGCCAGAGUCGACAACUGCGCCUCCAGGCCUUGUAUCCAUGGCAACUGUAGCAACCUGGAGCCAGGCUAUAGGUGCAGCUGCGAUGUGGGCUACACCGGGGUGAACUGCGAGGAGGAUAUAGACGACUGCAUGGGCCACCACUGUACAAACCAGGGGAGAUGCAUUGACACUCUCAACUCAUACUACUGUGUCUGCCCCAGUCAGUUCACUGGGCCACACUGCGAGUGGCCCUAUCCCCCAGUAAUGUGUGGAGAGGGCUUCAGCUGUCACAACGGGGGACUUUGCACUGAUGGUGUGUGGGGGGCGAAUUGUACCUGCAAACCAGGGUUCACUGGAGAAAGGUGUGAGGUGGAAAUCAAUGCGUGUGCGUCGAACCCCUGCCAGAAUGGAGCUACCUGCCGCAGCGUGGUCAACACCUUUGAGUGCAUCUGUGCAGCCAACUUUGCGGGCCAACAGUGUGAGACUGAUAGAGGGAGCAAGGCGGAUGCUAACCCCCUGCUGGCCGUGGCUGUGCCCGUGGCGUGUGGAGCCGUGCUCCUCAUUGCAAUAGCUCUGAUAUUUGUGGUGCUGACCGCCCGUAAGAAGCGGCAGACAGAAGGGACGUACAACCCGAGCCAGCAGGAAGUGGCCGGUGCCCGGCUGGAAAUGGACAGCGUCCUUAAGGUGCCUCCCGAAGAGCGCCUGAUAUAAUUGGCCACUGGACUCAGAAGAGGGAAAGUUUCUCUUGAAAUAUCGGACCACUUAAGGUGCCUUCGCUCUUGCCCUGUACUACUGACCCUGCUCACCAAGUGGGAUGCAACCCAUUUGAUGCUGGCACUGAGCAAUCCUCACGGAGACUGGAGAUGGUGGGGAAAUUCGCACUGCGCUGUUCACUGCAAUCACGCACGAAUAACGUGUGGAUUCAGACACUGAUUCAAGCAUUUCCUGUGCACACACAAAAGGUAUGACGAGGUAUCACUUCCAGAGGUCAACCCCUCCUCAUUUAGAUUACAACAACCCCUUCUCAAAUCUGUGAAGAAAAAAAUGGAAGUUUUUAAAGCUGUUCUGCAUUCCAACUGGUUGAAAUGUGCUCAUUAUUUAAAUAUUCACUGUAAUUUGAUUCUUAAUUGAACCCCCUUUUUAACAGCAAAUUCUUUCUGGAAUUUAAGUUUAUUAUAUAUUGAAACAAAUCAAAAUACACCUAGUGGCCACUUUAUUAGGUACAGCAGUGGAACCUGUUGUGGUCGUCUGCUGCUGUAGCCCAUCCACUUCAAGGUUUGAUGUGUUGUGCGUUCAGAGAUGCUCUCCUGCCACCGGUUAUUUGAGUUACUGUCACCUUCCUGUCAGCUUGAACCAGACUGGCCAUUCUCCUCUGACCUCUCUCAUUAGCAAGGCAUUUUCACCCACAGAACUGGAUGUUUUUUUUUCCCCCACACCAUUGUCUAUAAACUCUAGAGACUAUUGUGCAUGAAAAUCCCAGAAGAUCAGAGGUUUCUGAGAUACUCAAACCACCCCAUCUGGCAUCAGCAAUCAUUCCGCCAUCAAAGUCACUUGGAUCACAUUUCUUCUCCAUUCAGAUGUUUGGUUUGCACAAAUGAACCUUUUGACCAUGCCUGCAUGCUUAAAUGCAGUGAGCUGCCACCACAUGAUUGGCUGCUGAGAUAUUUGCAUUAAUAAGCAGGUGUACCUAAUAAAGUGGCCACUUGAGUGUAUCGUCAUUAAAUAUGGGAACUGUUAUAGUUAAUUAUAUAUUGAAACAAAUUAGUAUUAAUACAAAUGGAGGGAUCUAUUUUUAGAAUACAUCUAGCUGGGAGAGGAUGGAUGAUGAUGCUGUGCUAGAGGUAAAUGGUCACAGUCACAGGAUUCUGCAUCCCUCUCCUUUGGCUUCUAUGUCUAAUUAAAGACUUGUUCCCUACCAGAGAGUCUGUACACAGCUUGAAAGCACUUAUGUUGUUGCAUCAACAGUUGUUACUGACAGACUGUGUCCUCAUCCGUUCUAUUUACGAACUGCUGUGGGGGCGGGGGGGG